GGGGAUGAGGUUGUAUAGAAAUUCCAAACAGUAUGAGAUAAAAAUGGAGUCCAAAAGCAGUUGAGUUGUGGUCCGUAUCUUAAGGAUUCAAAAACGAACAAAACAAAUUGGUAUCCUUAUUUAAACCAAACAGGCAGUCCCCACUCACAUGCCAUUACUUGUUCUUCUAUUUAACAGCUAAGAUAGAGCAGACUCCUUCCGGUAAACGACACAAAUGCCCUUCCUUUUUUUAUUACUACAGUGACACUAACAGAAAAGCAGUUCAGAUUCAGUCUCUCGUCUUUUUAUAUAUAGUAAUAGUAAUAGUAGUAUAGAUUAACUUCUUCAUUUUCCAUUUCAAUUCAUCCGUCUGUACGCAACCAUGGAUUGGGAUGACAAGGCUCUGCUAAACAUGAGUUUACUAUUCGCGGCCACCCUAUUAGUGGCCAAGCUCAUCUCCACCUUCCUUAUCACGCCUGCUAGAUCUAAAAAACAAUACCGUCUUCCUCCGCUAUUGAAGGGCGGUUUGCCACUCGUGGGAGGCCUUUUCCGCUUCUUGAAAGGUCCCAUCAUAAUGCUCCGCGAGGAGUACCCAAAGCUGGGGAGUGUCUUCACUGUCAACCUGGCUCAUUGGAAGAUCACUUUCUUCGUUGGCCCUGAGGUUUCCUCGCACUUUUUCAAGGCUCCCGAGGCUGAUCUCAGUCAGCAGGAGGUCUAUCAGUUCAAUGUUCCUACUUUUGGACCUGGUGUUGUCUUUGAUGUUGAUUAUUCCAUUCGUCAGGAGCAAUUCCGCUUCUUUACCGAGGCUCUUCGUGUUAAUAAGCUCAAGGGCUAUGUGGAUCAGAUGGUUACGGAAGCUCAGGAUUAUUUCUCAAAAUGGGGAGAAAGUGGUGAAGUAGACUUAAAGUAUGAGCUUGAGCAUCUGAUUAUUUUGACAGCAAGUAGAUGUCUGCUGGGUCGAGAAGUUCGUGAUAAGCUUUUUGACGACGUGUCUGCUCUGUUCCAUGAUUUGGACAACGGGAUGCUUCCCAUCAGUGUUAUCUUCCCAUACCUGCCUAUUCCAGCCCACCGUCGCCGUGACAGAGCUCGCAAGAAGCUUUCACAAAUCUUUGGAAAUAUCAUAGCUUCCCGUAAACAUUCUGGCAAAACAGAGAAUGACAUGUUGCAGAGCUUCAUUGAAUCAAAGUACAAAGAUGGCCGCCCAACAACUGAAUCUGAGGUUACAGGUCUGCUCAUUGCAGCUCUCUUUGCCGGGCAGCACACCAGUUCCAUCACCUCUACUUGGGCUGGGGCCUAUCUUCUCCGUUACAGAGAGUACUUAUCUGCUGCGGUGGAGGAACAGAAAACCUUGAUGAGAAAACAUGGAAACAAGGUUGAUCACGAUAUUCUAUCUGAGAUGGAUGUGCUGUAUCGGUGUAUUAAGGAAGCUCUAAGGCUGCAUCCUCCACUGAUAAUGCUGCUACGUAGCUCUCACAGCGACUUUAGCGUGACAACCCGAGAUGGCAAAGAGUACGACAUCCCAAAGGGGCACAUUGUUGCAACAUCACCGGCUUUUGCAAACAGGCUGCCUCAUAUAUAUAAGGAGCCAGACAGAUACGACCCUGACAGAUUUGCUCCAGGGAGAGAAGAAGAUAAGGCAGCAGGGGCCUUUUCGUAUAUUUCAUUUGGUGGGGGGCGGCAUGGAUGCAUUGGUGAGCCUUUUGCAUAUUUGCAGAUAAAAGCUAUAUGGAGCCAUUUGCUAAGGAAUUUUGAACUUGAGCUGGUAUCUCCUUUUCCUGAGACUGACUGGAAUGCAAUGGUGGUGGGUGUCAAAGGAAAGGUGAUGGUUCGCUACAAGCGCAGAGAGCUUUCAGUUGAGUAGUAAGAAGGUGUUUUGCAGGUUUUAAACAACAAACUCCCUGCAACUUUUCCUGUGUUUCUAACUCCUUAACUGGCUCUCUAGUUUUGUUAAGUUUAUGUUUAUGAAUGUUGCUUUUGUUUGAAUUCUUAAUAUGGAAAACCUCGGAUUUUGUUUUCA